CCUAGGGGUUGUUUGGUUUACUUCCGUCGUCACUGAGAGGUUGUUGUAACAGAGAGAGAGAAAGAGAAUCAAAACAAAGAUGCCGGCGGCGAAGCAAAGGACCCCGAAAGUGAGCCGAAACCCUGAUCUGAUAAGGGGUGUUGGCAAAUACUCUCGUUCCCAAAUGUACCACAAGAGAGGCUUGUGGGCAAUCAAGGCCAAAAACGGCGGCGUUUUCCCCCGCCACGACGCUAAGUCCAAGGUCGAAUCUCCCGUUGAGAAGCCACCCAAGUUUUACCCCGCUGAAGACGUUAAGAAGCCUCUCGCCAACAGACGCAAGCCUAAGCCUACCAAGCUCAAGACAAGCAUUACUCCAGGAACUGUGUUGAUCAUUCUUGCCGGUAGAUUCAAGGGCAAGAGAGUUGUCUUCCUCAAGCAGCUCUCUUCUGGUUUGCUUUUGGUGACUGGACCGUUCAAGAUCAAUGGUGUUCCACUGAGACGUGUUAACCAGUCCUAUGUGAUUGGAACCUCCACAAAGGUUGACAUUUCUGGAGUCAACGUUGAGAAGUUCGAUGACAAGUACUUCGGAAAGGUUGCUGAGAAGAAGAGCAAGAAAGGAGAAGGCGAGUUCUUUGAAGCUGACAAAGAGGUGAAGAAAGAGAUCCCACAGGAAAAGAAAGAAGACCAGAAGACCGUGGAUGCAGCACUUAUCAAAGCCAUUGAAGCAGUGCCAGAGCUCAAGACUUACCUCGGCGCCAGGUUCUCAUUGUCUCAAGGAAUGAAACCCCAUGAGCUUGUUUUCUAGAAGAUUUCAUAUCCCUUUUGUUUCAACAAUAUCUGUGUUUUCCCUGUGAGAGAUUUUGGUCAUCUUUUAUAAAAAACGUUAUUUCUCUUUUA